CCCUGCACCUGAAGCUCCACGCCUGCCAGGAUGAUGGAUGCUGAUCCAUGGCUAGUGAGGGCUUCUAUUCAUGCACAUCUCUCCCCAGCCCUUUGGAGACCAGAGGAUGCUCUCCUGCCCCAUGCCCAGGGGGAACAAACCUUGUCUCACCUUCAACUCCUGGACCCAGAGCAGAGACACGCUCCUGUGUCUCCAUCCAUGCUGCACAGGAGACGACCUGCUCCCAUCAGCCUCUGACUUCUGACCCCAGCCCAGCCCUUUCCUGUCCCUAGCUUCCUCUGUGGGGUGCAGAAGGGGGUCAGUGGGAGGAGCUUUUCUUGGGAUUGGAAUUCCUUGGUGGAAUGCAGACAGUUUAAGGUCACAGAGGCCUCUAUGAUAUCACCACGAGAGGGAGCAAGACCGCUUGGAAUGAAGUUUCUUUGAAAAGUGGUAGGAGACUGAGCAACGAUGACCGAGAACCAGAAGAUCUGGUGGCAGUAUUGGACUGACAUCACCAAUAUCAAGCCUUUGAAUGUCAUGAGGGUCCCUCACGAGCCCUACGUACGACCAGAGGAGCAGGUGCUCAUCAACCGCCGAGAUAUCACUCCUACGAAGGAUGCCUGGGACAUGCAGGAGUUCAUCACGCGCAUGUAUAUCAAGCAGCUGCUCCGACACCCGGCCUUCCAGCUGCUGCUGGCCACGCUGCUGCUGGUCAACGCCAUCACCAUUGCGCUCCGCACCAACUCCUUCCUUGGCCAGAAACACUAUGAGUUGUUCUCUACCAUAGAUGACAUUGUGCUGACCAUCCUUAUCUGUGAGCUUUUCCUCGGCUGGUUAAAUGGCUUCUGGAUUUUCUGGAAGGACGGCUGGAACAUCCUCAACUUCAUUAUCAUCUUUAUCUUGCUCGUGGGGUUCUUCAUUAAUAAACUCAGUGUCAUCGCUAUCACCUACACCCUCAGGGUGCUUCGUCUGGUGCAUGUGUGCAUGGCGGUGGAGCCCCUGGCCCGGAUCAUCCGCGUCAUCCUGCAGUCGGUACCCGACAUGGCCAAUAUCAUGGCUCUCAUCCUCUUCUUCAUGCUGGUCUUCUCUGUGUUUGGGGUCACUCUCUUCGGCGCUUUCGUGCCUAUGCAUUUCCAGAACAUGCAGGUUGCCCUGUACACCCUCUUCAUCUGCAUCACCCAGGAUGGCUGGGUGGACAUCUACAAUAACUUUCAGAUGGAGACGAGGGAGUACGCAAUGGAGAUUGGGGGUGCCAUCUACUUUGCCAUCUUCAUCACAAUUGGUGCCUUCAUUGGUGUCAACCUCUUGGUUGUCGUGGUGACCACCAAUCUGGAGCAAAUGAUGAAGGCAGGAGAGGUGGGCCAACAGCAUCAAGUAACUUUCAGUAAGACAGGCGACGAAGAGAAGGACGGGAAUAACGAGCUGCCACUGGUGCACUGUGUGGUCGCCCGUUUGGAAAUGUCUGGCCUCCCCCAGGAGCCGCUUAUGGGGGGCCCCCUGCCGAACCUCUCGGAAAACACAUGUGAUAACUUUUGCUUGGUGCUCGAGGCAAUACAGGAGAACUUGAUGCAGUACAAGGAGAUCCGAGAGGAGCUCAACACGAUAGUGGACGAAGUACGCUCCAUCCGCUUCAACCAGGAGCAGGAGGAGGAGCUGCUGCAAAAGCACUUGUCGCUGAGCCUGUCCAUGGACAGCGGGUCCUCCCUGGACAUCCGUGAAGUGACUUUCCAGCAAGACUUGAUCACCGCACUCGUCACCAGGGAAAAGGUGCAGCUUCCGUCUCCUACCCAAUCAGUGCUCACUCCGCCACCCAGCCUACCCCAGCCCGGCCUAGCUUCCGCCGCAUUCGUCAAGGUUUCUGUCAAUUCCGAGAUCUGGUCCGACCUCUAGAUUCCCACGCACCCCAGCGGUCGCCGCCAAUGCGGUUAGGUUCCACCAUUUCCUUCUCCGAGAGGCCCCGCCCCCUCCUGUCAGGUUCCGCCCAUUGAGUCGCUUCUGUUUCUGGCUCUCUCAAACCUACGCUUUCUCAGUGUGGCGUGAGCCAGCUCAGUUCCUGUUUAGUGGCAGAUAUUUAGGCUCACUGGUGGCAGAAGACCCCUGGGUCCUGUCUAGGGUGCAUAAGAGCAGCCUCCUCCUGAGGGAGGAAGCUUCUAAGGAGAAAAAUGCACGCUCACAUUCGUGUCUGCUUCCCACACCAUCUGACCGGAGUAGAAUGACCCGGAGCCUUGUGAAUGUCCACAGCCUGGGUUCCCAAACUCUGGAGGAUACUAUGCAGACUAAAGUUAGACAUAUGAAGGUCUUCCCUGAGAGGCCUGGAUAGGCAGCUGUUGAAGCUGGAGGAGGGCAGUAAGGGAGAGUCUGCCAUGUCAGGGUAGGCGGA